AUGGGAACGACUAAGACCUUGCGUACCCUCCUGCCGGCGGAAGACAAGCACACAAUGCAGUCCUUAGAAGCAAACCCGGGUAAAGAGAUGCGACGCAACGUUUCUCUCGCUUGCACAGAAUGUCAAAGAAAGAAGACCAAGUGUUCGGGAACAGCGCCGUGCACGAGAUGUGCAACUAGUGCACAACAGUGUCUCUAUGAUCAAACCAGUGAUCGUAGACGCAAGGAGUACACGGUCGGUCUGUUCAAAUUUCAUACUACUCUCUGCCAACUGGCUGCCACCCUGCGCUCUGCAGCUCCCGAAGAGCUAUUGUCGUUGGUUUGGCAGGUUCAAAGCUUGCCAACAGAUCAAGAGGCAAUCGAUUACCUUGUUCAGGUGUUGGGUUAG